CUCUUUCUCAAAUUUACUCGAGAUUCUAAUCCACACUACUGUUUCGUCAUGACACUGACAUGAGCGUUCGGCUCCAAAGAGCCUCCAUGGCUACCACCGUGCUCUCCCUCCCACCAAUUCCCUACAACAGGCUCUCACGCACUCCACCCGCCAUCUCGUCUCCCGACCACACCUCCUUGAAGCAGCUAUGCAAGGAAGGCAACCUGCGGCAAGCCCUCCGUCUGCUCACUGCCCGGGCGGCGCCGGGACGCCCCCCUCCCCAGGACCACUACGGCAUGGUCCUCGACCUCGUCGCCGCCAAGAAGGCGGCGGCGCAGGGCGUACAGCUCCACGCGCAUGCCGUGACCACCGGUUCUUUGGAUGGCGACGACGGUUUCCUCGCGACCAAGCUGCUCUUCAUGUAUAGCAAGUGCGGGCGGGUCGCGGACGCACGUCGCCUGUUCGAUGGAAUGUCUGGACGAACAGUCUUCUCUUGGAACGCGCUUAUCGGGGCGUACCUUUCUUCUGGGAGCGCUGGCGAAGCCCUGGGCGUGUACCAGGCGAUGCGGGAGUCUGCAACGUUGGGUGCAGUGCCUGAUGGGUGCACACUCGCGUCAGUGCUCAAGGCGUGUGGGGUGGCAGGGGAUUGGCGCUGUGGGUGCGAGGUGCACGGGCUGGCCGUGAAGAACGGGCUUGAUGGGAGCACCCUCGUGGCCAAUGCGCUCAUCGCGAUGUAUGCCAGGUGCAACAUGCUAGAUUCUGCGGUGCGGGUGUUUGAGUGGCUGCACGACGGGAGGGAUGUCGCGUCAUGGAAUUCACUGAUAUCAGGUUGUCUGCAGAAUGGGAUGUUCUUGAGAGCUCUCGACUUGUUUCGAGGGAUGCAGAGGGCUGGUUUAAGUAUGAAUUCUUACACAACCGUUGGGGUGCUACAGAUUUGUACAGAGCUAGCUCAGCUGAAUCUUGGCAGGGAGCUACAUGCAGCACUUCUGAAAUCUGGAAGCGAGGUUAGUAUCCAGUCCAAUGCUUUGCUUGUUAUGUACACGAAAUGUGGCCGUGUGGACAGCGCUCAAAAGGUAUUCCGUGAGAUUGAUGAGAAAGACCACAUAUCAUGGAACUCGAUGCUGUCGUGUUACGUCCAAAAUGGUUUAUAUGUUGAGGCUGUCAAAUUUCUUGGAGAAAUGCUUGAAGGUGAUUUUCAGCCUGACCAUGCAUGUAUUGUGAGCUUGUGUUCUGCAGUGGGUCACUUGGGUUGGUUAAUCAAUGGCAGAGAGGUUCAUGCAUAUGCUAUAAAGCAGAGGCUCGAUACUGAUACACAGGUUGGAAAUACAUUCUUGGAUAUGUACAUGAAGUGUCGCUGCCUAGAGUACUCUGUCCGCAUAUUUGACAGGAUGAGGAUUAAAGACCACAUAUCAUGGACUACAGUUAUUACCUGUUAUGCUCAGAGUUCUCAGCAUCUUAAGGCACUGGAGAAAUUUAGAGAAGCACUGAAAGAGGGGAUCAAGGUGGAUGCUAUGUUGAUGGGAAGCAUCUUAGAAGCAUCCAGUGGUUUGAAAAACAUUUUGCUGGCAAAGCAACUGCAUUGUUAUGCUAUUAGACAUGGCUUGCUUGAUUUGGUACAGAAGAACAGAAUGAUAGAUAUGUACGGGGAAUGUGGAGAGGUUUACCAUUCACGUAAAAUGUUUGAUACAGUAGAGGAAAGGGACAUUGUGACUUGGACUAGUAUGAUAAACAGUUACACAAGCAACGGGCUGUUAAAUGAAGCUGUUGCCCUGUUCGCAGAAUUGCAAACAGAUAUUCAGCCUGAUUCUGUAGCACUAGUAAGUAUUAUUGGGGCUAUAGCUGAUCUGUCAUCAUUGGCAAAAGGAAAGGAAGUUCAUGGCUUUCUCAUCAGAAAUAAUUUUCGUAUGGAAGGUGCCAUGGCUAGUUCUCUCGUAGACAUGUAUUCUGGUUGCGGAAGCAUGAGCAAUGCUCUCAGACUAUUCGAUGCCACGAAAUGUAAAGACGUGGUUCUCUGGACAGCGAUUAUUAAUGCUGCUGGGAUGCAUGGUCAUGGCAAGCAAGCUCUAGACCUUUUCAAGAGAAUGCUAGAAACUGGUGUUGCUCCUGAUCAUAUCUCAUUUCUUGCCCUGCUGUAUGCUUGCAGUCAUUCUAAGCUUGUCGAUGAGGGAAAAUGUUAUCUGGAUAUGAUGAGGAGCAUCUACAGGCUAGAACCAUGGCAGGAACAUUAUGCCUGUGUGGUUGAUCUUCUUGGCCGCUCAGGCCAGACCGAGGAUGCCUAUGAGUUCAUCAAGUCUAUGCCUUCGGAACCAAAAUCGGUGGUGUGGUGUGCCCUCCUUGGGGCAUGUCGUGUGCACAGGAACCACGAACUUGCUGUGGUUGCAGCCAAUAAGCUUCUUGAGCUGGAACCAGAUAACCCAGGCAAUUAUGUCCUUGUGUCAAAUGUUUACGCUGAGAUGGGUAAGUGGAACAGUGCUAAGGAGGUCAGAGCCAGGAUUUCAGAACGUGGGUUGAGGAAAGAUCCUGCGUGCAGCUGGAUUGAGAUCAGAAACAAAGUCCACACUUUCACCGCAAGAGAUCAUUCGCACAGAGACGCGGAGAGAAUCCAUCUCAAACUAGCCGAAAUAACGGAAAAACUGAGAAAAGAAGGCGGGUACAUUGAGGAUACAAGGUUUGUCCUGCAUGACGUUAGUGAAGAAGAGAAGAUAGAUGUGUUGCACAGACACAGUGAGAGGCUCGCAAUCGCAUUUGGUUUGAUCACCACCCAUCCAGGUACGCCUCUAAGAAUCGCCAAGAACCUAAGAGUGUGUGGCGACUGCCAUGAGUUCACCAAACUAGUGUCGAAGCUCUUUGAAAGAGAAAUCGUGGUCCGAGACGCCAACAGAUUCCACCAUUUCAGAGGAGGAUCUUGUUCUUGUGGUGACUUCUGGUGAAUGGUUAUCUUUUCAACUUAAUGCAUCAAUUGUUUGUUCAUAAACAUGGGAGAUUUCCAAGACCAGUGGAAGUGUGAACAAAAGCAAAACUUAAUUAAAAAAAUUAUAACAAAAUCA